AUGACAACUCCAAACAAUUCUACGGCACGCCUGAAGUACGACCAAGACUGGCCAAAAUGGUUUUUGCAGCUCCAGCUCCGGGCUCAUGAACAGAACGUUUGGGAAUACAUCAACCCGAAGGCAGCCGAUUCCAAUGUUCCUGUCCAGCGUCCGCCGCUGGAUGAGACAAUUAUGAGAGGUCAGACCGAGGUCACCGAAUCAGACGUUCGCCAGGAGUAUCCAGACCGUUUCGCAGAGUAUUUUACGGCUGCUAACGAAAGCUUCGAAAUUGAAGAGAGGCAUGUUCAGCUUGCUCUGAAGUUGGCACGACUCAAGACCGUCAACCGGAAAUAUCUCAACAAGCUUAUGGCACCUUUCAGCCACGAGUUCGACUCCGACAUACGUGAAACGAGCGAGUAUUUCCGAGCAUCGCCCAAGAUCAUUCAGGAAAGGUUCCUCCUAUAUACUCAGCUCGACAUCGUCGAUAGAGUCGGCCUUACUCUCAACAGUUGCGACUACAAUGAGAUUUGCCCGCAUAUGGUGAUUGACUCCAGCGACAAGACUCACGGGCGGCUCUCUGGCCCUGAGAAUUUCAGUACCGACGUCAGAAUGGCACUUUCACAACGCGGCAACGAGAUUACCGGACACUGUCCACGUUGCCCAACCGAUUAUGCAAUUACUGCCAGUCCUAAUGGCAUGAGAAUUCAAGCAUGGAAGGAUUUUGGCUCAUACAAGUCCCCAAAGGAUGAUUCUUGGACCGUACAUGUUUGGAGCGAGCAGAACUCGAGCGCAACAGGCCCGGCCGUGUAUCAUGAUCCUGGCAGUAUUCGGAAACUAUAUGUAACGGGCACUGGGGAGAAUACACAACAAUAG